CCCAGAUCCAUGUGGUGAAAAGAAAAUGGCUGACAGGAACACAGGUCAUCGCGAUGAUAAUGUUAUGCCGUCCACGGCUGACGUUUCCAACGUGGCCACUAGGGGCAGUCCACGCUUUGGAGCCUUGAGUCACCACUCCUUCUUUUCCAGACACAACCCUCACCCACACAGAGUCACACACAUCCAAGGUCUGAAUGGGAUUCCAGUAUGCAUGGUGAAUGAUGACUGGUACGUGACCACCUCACUCUUCCCCCAUCCGCUCACCAAGAGCCAGGUAUUCAGGACUAGUACAGGAGCACCUUUCUCCCUGCCUGCAGGACACAGCGUGUAUGGGGGCAGAUACAGAACCGGACACAGAACAGCUCUGUUAUCAGAAGCCUGGAAAGAGGAGUUGAAAGAUCUGUCUGCAAAAAUCAGCAUUUCUACUCAGGACAGAAAGGACAAAAAAAAUGAGAAUCGAGAGGAGGGUCUGGUCCGGAGGAAGACCCAGUACUCGGCCCAGACAGGGAGGAUCAUCCCUCCCUCCUCUCAGACCCACCGUCACCCCCCUGCCCCGGCUCUGCAUGACCAGGAACUCAUGGUGCUGGAGCUGCUCUGUCAAAUCCUUCAGACUGACUCCUUAUCAUUGGUCCAGCAGUGGCUGCUGCUUGCAGGCCAGAGGGAGAAGGACCUGGUGAUGGGGUUGAUUCAACAGGCCAUGAAGGAUAGUGACUUCCCCAGGCAGCAGAGGUUGGCUGAGGGCGAAGAGCCCAGACACCAUCCACGCACCUCUUUGUCAGGCUGGGUGCUUACCAGCUGCGGACAUAGAAAACUAAGACUUCAUACCAGUUCAUCCCGAAUGCAGCUGCCAACCAGUAAGGAGGACAAACCAGAGAGGAUUGGAGAAGCAGAGGUCCUUGAGGUCCACCCAGAAAGCCCGAAACCCCCCGAAACUAAGAAACAUCUUCCCCAGGAUGAUCAGAAUGAGCAGUGUGAUCAGAAUGAUUAGACUUCCUUACAUUCUAAUGAUUCUGUUUUCAUAAUUUAAUGUGGUUAGUAGGAAGCCUCUUUCUGUAUUCAGAACCAUUCUCUGACUAGAUAUUCUGUAUGAUGUAACACCGUUGUCAUGGUUCACUUCUCAAACAAUUCUGAGCCAAUUAAAUCAGAUUAUUGUGCCCACUUUUGUUAGAUUUUAUUUGCUUGGCAUACGUUCUGUUAGGCAAUGUCUGGUCACAAUGUGUGUCUAGAUGCCUGAGACACGCAACGCCAGGCUAGGUUAACAGCAAACCGGAUAAUGACUUAGGUUGUUUAUUUCACAAUUAUCUUUUAAUUAUAUCUCUAAUUUAGAUAUCAAUAAAAUAAAGCCAUUAUUGAACUA